AUGCAUUUUUUGAAUUUAUACUCUUCUAAAGUAGGAGGAGAGCCUGUAAUUAAUUCAGAUUUUUCAAUUAUUUUUGGAAAAAAUUCAAUUAGUUAAGUAAGCGAUCCUAUUAAGUCAAAAUUAUCUUUUAACUUUAACAGGUUGUAGUUAUAACAAUUCUAAUAAAUUCUUCCUAUGCCUAUUCAAAAGUUGAUUAAUGUUUGGAAAUCAGCAUAAUUAAUUUUUAUUUUUUGUACUGAUAGUACUUUACCAACCACAGUGGAUAUAAAUAGGGAUUUUAAGGGUUAAUUUCAUUCAAAUAAAUUAUAGUUGUGUUGGAUUGAUAAUUUCGAGAUUAUUUACAUAAAUGUAUUUAUAAAAUUUGAACCUUUAAUUAAAUUAAAGAAAUUAUCAGUAUUUUAUAUAUAUAAGACAAAAACGGGAAAGUAAAAUUUCAUAUCUUGCUAUGUGACAAUUCAGAAAAACCUUUAUGAUAUCUUAUUAAUGCUAUUUAUUUAUUAAUAAUAAUCAUUAACGUUUAAAAUACUUUUGCAAAAAGAAUUUAAAGAAUAUAAAAUUAAAUACUGUGGCAAUUAUUUAAUAAUAUAUUGUAUUAUAUUGGUCGUAUUGGAUCAAUAAUAGAGAUAGGAAUAAUUUAAAAGUACUAUCAAAUCCAAGAUGAUUGAAAAUACAUAAAUUUAUUAUUUUUCGUUUUUAAUCAACUUAUGCCUAUCCUAACAUACUUAUAAGUUCUCUUAAUAUAGUUUGCAAUAUAAUGCUGCUUAUUUGGUUUAAAGCGAUGUCACUACUCAGACUACUUCAAGUUAAUGGAAUGACUUAAUUUCAAGUUCAUCAGUUUUGUUGUGCACAAAUGACAAGUCUGAAAACUACAUAGGUUUAGCUACGAAUUCAAAUUAAAUCUAAUGGCAAAGAAGUUUCAACAUAUAACCCUUAACUAAUAAAGUUUAUAUCUACUUUGAAUAUUAAACAUCAGGGUAAUGGAAUGAUGAUGAAGUUGUUUUAUAUGUUGAUAAUGUAAAAUAAUGCUCGGAAAAGAUCUAGCUCACAGAUACUAAUAAACUUUGUAACGAAAACUUCCUUUUUAAUUCCUUUAUGUAUUUAGUAUACAAUACUCCUAAAAGCACUUUGGAUUUGUAAAUUAGGGUGAUUAAAAAUAAUGUAGGAGUUUAUAUAAAAAAUGUGAUUAUUAGCUAACAAAUUCAAAGAGGAAGAGGAGAAUUAUUAUAAACAAUGCUAAAUUUACAUGUUUGUAAUCUCGGGCAAAGUUUAGCUCAUUACUAUUGUAAAUGUAACAAUGCCUUGGUAUACCAAGAAACCUAAUGCAUUGCUUCUUGCGAUUAGAAUUAUUUAUAUAGCUUAGAUGAUAAUUAAUGUUAUUUAAAAUAACAUUGUACCUCCUGUGUUGGAUUAAAUUAAAACUUAUAAUGCGACUCAGGAUAUUAUUCUUAUUUAGAAUAAGGCUAAGACUUACCUGUUUGUAUUUCUAAGUGUCCCAACAAUUAUUAUUAAGAUGAAACUACUUAAACCUGUUUGGAUUACUAAGAAUACUUAUCCAAUAAUGAAAAUUCAGGAUAUCCUGUUGACUAUGUUUACUUCAUAAGAACAGUAGCAGAAUUUAUGCAUUUUUUAUCAUUAAGUGAUCUAUAAAUCAUGAUAGUUUCCGAGCCAAAAAGACCUAAGGAAAGAUAAUUUUUUUAUUUGGAUAACAAUUUUUAUAUUGGCUCAUAUAAUAACUUUAAAAACUAAUCCAUUUAGAUCUAUACAAUUAUUAAAAACCCACAACAUAAACUAAAAUUUAGAGCAACUUGUCAUUUUAUUGAUUUUUAUCCAACUAAUUUUGAAGUUGAUAUAAAUGGAGCUAAAUAGAAUGAUAUUCCAGUACUAUUGGAUACUCAAAACAGACUGAGAUAGGACAAAUAAGAUUAUAUAUUAAAUUAUGAAUGGACUUGGUAAAAAACUGAGGAGAAUAAUCUUGUUUAAAAUUCAAUUCAAUUCAGAAUAGAAUAACCUUUAUAAGAAGGAAAAUAUAUUGGUUAUUUCUACAUAGAAGAUCUUCAUGUUUAUUCCUUCUAAUGCAUGACUGGAUGUUCAAAUUGCUUCACAUAAACAUCCUGUCCUCCAUGCACUAAUCCAACCUACAAGAACCCUUAAGAUUGCACUUGCAUUUCAGGAUAUGCUUUACAGAGUGACAUUUGUAUAAGUUGCCCCGCUUUUUGUACUACAUGCAUCACGGCAGGGAAUUGUGUGGGUUGUGUAGCUGCGACUAAACGGUCCAAUCCUCCAACUUGUAAUACAUGUCCUGAUGAAUAUUUUGUCAAAUCUGGUGAGAUUAAUUGUUAGCCAUGUUAAAAUGGGUGUUUGAAAUGUAUAGUAUUAGCCAGUUGUAUAAAUUGUAAGAGUGGGUAUUUCAAAAGCAAUACAAAUCAAUGUAUAUAGCAGUGUUCUGAUGGAUAUUUCUAAGAUAUUAGUACACCUACUGAUCCAAAAUGUACAAUUUGUGAUCCAAAUUGUUUAAAAUGCGAUACAUCAGCAACAAGUUGCACUGAUUGCAUACCUGAAGGAAUAUUAUUGAAUUCACAUUGUUUUAUUUGUGUGGAAGGGGAAUAUUUUUCAGGAACGACAUGUGCACCUUGCAUAAAUGGCUGCUAAAAAUGUAUUUCACCAACAUGCCAACAAUGUCUAGAAGGGUAUUAUUAUAUGGCAAGCAAAAAUGAAUGUUAAAUUAUAUGCGAUGAUGGUUAUUAUGGAGAUUUUUAGGCUCGAUUAUGUCAAUUAUGUGAACCUUCAUGUAAAACAUGUGAUAAUAGUACUAAUGUCAAUUGUUUAUCUUGUAAUCCAGGGGACGUGUUAAAUGUGAAAAACAUCAUUAGUGGAGAGUGCAAAUUUACUUGUUUACCUGGAUUCUAUAAGGAAGGUGAUGUGUGCUUACAAUGUUGGAAGGGAUGUUCCUCUUGUAUUGAUUAAACCUAAAACUGUUUGGUUUGUGCAAGAGGUUAUUACAGAUUAAAGAGCAAUGGUUUGUGUUACAAUUAAUGUCCUGAUGGAUAUUAUAAUAAUAAUAUUGGAAGCUUAUGCUCUCCUUGCCAUCCCAUUUGUAGAACUUGUUACGGAUUAUUAUCAUAAAAUUGUUUGUCUUGCAGUUUCCCUUUGGCUUAUUAUUAAAAUGAAUGCUUAACUGAAUGUAUGGAGGGGUAUGGUAAUGUCAAUAACAUUUGUACUCCUUGUGUAAAUACUUGUAAGAAGUGCUAUGGUACUUUACAGAAUUAAUGUCUAUCUUGUAUUUAAGGUUACUACUAUUUAAAUAAUUAAUGUUAUGUGAAAUGUCCUCAAUUCUAUUAUAGCAUUCGACCUUAAUAUGUGUGUAAAUGCCAAUUUCUAAAUUGUAUCAAAUGUUUGGAUUAUUAAUAUUACUACGAUAAUUAAUGUCUUGAUGUAUGUCCAACUGGAUAUUUUGGAUUUAAUAAAAUUUGUAAUCAUUGUGAUAUUACAUGUUUAACAUGUUUUGGUGAAGAUUCAAUUAACUGUUUGAGUUGUAACAAUAAUCUAAUCUUGUGGAAGAAUAAAUGUAUUCCAGGUUGUCUGGGUAAUACAUACCAUGAUGUUCUAAACAAUGAAUGCAAGUAUUGUAACAAUGAUUGUAUUGCUUGCAAUGGACCAAAUAAUAAUAACUGUUUAGUUUGUCCUCAAAAUAAAUUAUUAACUUUAUAAGGCACUUGUGCAAAUGAGUGUCCGAGCGAUUAAUAUCCAGUUCUCUCUGAAAAUAAAUGCUAUCAUUGCCAUUCAUCCUGCUUAACUUGUUUUGGCCCAUCAAAUUAGAAUUGUUUAACUUGUUCAUAAUAUUUUUAUCUUUUUGAAUGUGUGAGUGAUUGUCCCGAAGGAUUUUCAAUAAGCAAAAAUCAUUUAUCUUGUGAACCAGACUUUGAUAUUGUACUUGAUCACUGUACAUACUAAUGUGAAUCAUGUUGGCUAAUUCCUCGAUUCUGCAAAGUAUGUGCUGCCAAUCGUGCUCCUAAUCCACCUAAUUGCGAUUGUGAGCCAGGUUAUUUUGAUGAUGGUACAAACUCAGUUUGUCUAAAAUGUGAUAACAAAUGUUCUACAUGUAAGGGUCUGCCAACUAAUUGUAUCAAAUGCAAAGGAGACAGAUAAUAUCCAGCAUGUACUUGUCCAGAUUAUUAUUUUGAUGAUGGCUCAUCUGUUAAUUGUAUUAGAUGUUAAGAUAAUUGCUAAAAUUGUGAUAAAGAUGGAUGCACUAGUUGUUUAGCUGAUCGUAUUAACUUACCAGAUUGUGUUUGCAAAGAUGGUUAUUACGAUGCCUAUUCAUAUUAUUGUUAGCAAUGCUCUAAAAGAUGUUCUACUUGUGAAGGAACAUCCAAUUUAUGCAAUACUUGCUCAUCUAUAAGAAUUGAGCCUCCUAUUUGUAAAUGCCCUUUGGGAUAUUUUGAGAAUUCAGAUAUUGAGUGCCAAUAAUGUGAUCCAACUUGCGUCGAUUGUAACUAGUAUGGGUGUCUGUCUUGCUUCGGAAAUAGAAUUGGACCUAUUUUUGGAGAAUGUAAAUGUGAUACUUUAGGAAUAAGUAGAUAUAACAUUGGAUCAGUCUAUUGCACUGAUUGUUAAGUUGGAGUUCCUUAUUUUGCUUUGAAUGAAGAAUUUACUGGAUUUACUUUUGAUUUCGGAGGACCAGUGGUAUAUAUUCCUUUUGAAAUUGAUUCUCUUUGUGAAGCAUUCUUUCAUCCUGAAACACUACUAAAAUUGGGAACUAAUCCUCGUUGUAAUUUAGAGUUCAAUGUUUAUUUUGGUGAUAAUCCUAAUAUUAAAGUUGGAGACAAGUUAAAAUUAAACAAUGAAUUUUUAUUGAGUGGAUGUUAAAUCAAAUUUAUUUAAAUUAUCCCUAUGCCAUUAUCCAUACCAAUCACAAUUGAUAAAACAACACAUAAACCAAAUCUAAAAUUCAAGGAUUUGAAAAAUCCCAACAUUUGUGAAAUAAUGAAAAUAGAGUUUGAUUCCUUAGCAUUUAAUGGAAAUUAAGAUUUCAAUAUAAUAUCUUGGAAUCUCGUCUUACCUCCACCUCCUUCCCCAGACAUCGAAGCCAUUCUUUUAACUCAUACUUAAAAUAAAACGCCUUAUCUAGAAUUCCCAGCUAAAAUAUUUGUAAGUGGAACCACUUACAAAUUCAGUGUUACAGUAGAGAGUUUUGCAUUACUUUAGAAUACAAUAGAAGUUCAAUUUAAAGCAAUUCAAAGAUCUUCAGUUAAUUUAGUAUCAAUUUCAACUACCAAUUAAUUUAAAAGAUUCGAGAAUAUCAUUAUUCCAAACCGACUAAGUUAUGUCAAUUGCAUUGAGAAGAACCCUCCUCCUCAAAUAGUAUUUUAUGAAGUUUAUUUUCCCAAUUUAAGAAUGACAGUUGUCAAGGGCAAUUUGACAGAAAAUCUCAUAGAUGGUUAUCAAUUUGAUAUUCCAGUUACUUUUGAACCAUACUUCCUUAAUUUCAAUAAUCCUUUCCUUCUUAUUUACAAUACUAUUUUAAGUAGAGCUGACUACACAGUGAAUAGCUCAUCUAGAUUUGAAUUUUAUAUUGUCCCAUCAAGUCCAAUUCUCACUAUAGCUGGAGGCAAUAGAAUGAUUGGAUUUUCAGAUCCUUUAUAUCUAAAUGCCACUAUUUCUGACCGUGAUCUAAAUGAACAGGAAGCUAAUACAUAUGUAUAUGAAUGUUCAUGGACAUGUGUCGAUAUAGUAAAUGGUACAUUUUGUUAAAAUCGAGAUGGCUAACCUUUGGAAUUUAAUACAAGUUGCAUAUAAUUUAUUAAACCAAAGACAUUCAAUCCAUACACAGUCUCCAAUUUCGAAGUUAGUAUUUUUAAAUAGGAUAGCAAAUACUCUACAACAGUCUCUAUCUAGUUUAUAGAAAUAGAUCUCCCAAGUUUAAUCGUAUAUGGUUCAACUCAGGACUAGUUGUAUAAUUAUUAUGACGAACUUAUAUUCACAGUACAAUACCCUGGAGUGAAUCCUGACUUAUUGAUGUAUGCAGGAGCUGUAAUCUAUGAUUAAAAAGUUGUUAACACGUUUGAGUUCUAUUAUCUACAAUUCAAAUAUAGGGAGUAAGAUCACUUCACUGACUUAGAGUUUGGCGAAGCAAACACAGUAAAACUUAGACUAUCAGUCUAUGAUCCUCGAUUUAUACUUCCAUCAGUCAAUACUUAAGUAUUAAAUCUUAAUAUUCCUCCUUAAAAUUGCUCAUUAUCUUAUUAAUUUCCUGAAAGUUAUGUAGAAUUCUUAGACGAAUUGAGCAUUUCAAUAACAGGUUGUCGGGAUGCUAAUCCCAUUCUUUUUUACGGUGUGCAACUCUUUCCUAAUCAAUCCACCUACAAGUAAGAACUGAUUACCGCUAAAUUCCAUAGCUUUGUUAUGCUGAGCGAUUUUCAAUAUUCAAAUCAUUUUAAGUUGAUUUUACCCUACUAUUAUGAGGCCGAGCCCUUAUUAGUGUUCAAUAUUAAAAAUACAAAACAAGGCAUAGUGAAUUUGACAUUAUCCGUCAAUGUAAGGGAAUUCAAAAGCAUAGAUGAGAGUACAUUCAAAGAAUAUUAAUCUAAACUCAAAAGUUUUGAUGAGUAGUUAAUUGGCUACGUUUUUAUUACUGAGAGAUUGAAGUAACUCAAAUCAUUCACUCAAUAUAAGGAAAACUUAUACAAAGAAUUACUUUCAAUUGAUGUUAAUUAAACACUAUUGGCCAAUCAAACAGAACCCUUAUAUCGAUCUAUUUCGAAUCUUCUAAGUUAGAAUGUAUCAUUAAUGUCCAUAAAUGAAUCACUCUUGCUGGGUCAAGUCAAUUAUAGAACAUUGAAAGCAUUCUCAAUCCUGUCUCGCUAUUUUAGUCUGUAAAAGCAAAGUCAACUGACUUCAGAGUAGAACCUUGACAAAAAUGAGUAUAUUAGGUAGUACUAUAGUUUUGCAGAUAUCUUAUCAUGUGGUAUCAAUUUUAAGGUGAUUUAAAAUGUUACUUCAGAUUACUUAUAGUAUCUUUUGAACUAAAUGCAAGUUCAUUUACAAUCUAUUAGUGUUGUUAAUGAACCUCUGUACAAAAUGAUUUAGAAUUCAGUGAAUCUGGACUUUGGAUUUGUUACUAAAAAAUAAGUAGAAUUGAUUGUAGGUCUAAACUCAUCUUUUGGAUAACCAAUAGGAGAUAGUCAAGAAGUGACUAAUAUAUACAAGGCUGCUACAAAUUAUUACAAGUUUUCGAUUACUAGAUUCAAAGAUAAUCCAUUCUAUCCUACACCCCAAUUUCCAAAAAACACCUCUGGGUAUUAAGUAGUGGAUCCAAAAUUAUAGGAAACUGGAAGUAGUAGAAAUUCCAAGUUGGGAGAGGAUGUUUCAUUUUCCAUUCCUAAAGUUAGGACCUUAGAGUCUAACACAUCUCUGAAAUGUGUUUCAUAAUUAUAAAAUGGGACUUGGGCUGCUGAUAUCUGCAAAACAGUUAAAAAGGAUUUGGAAGUCAUUUGCAAAUGCGAUGAAUUGAGUCCUACAACAGUUAUGGAAUCCAUUGAAUAAAUUAUAGAUAAAGGAAGCCAAGUUUUUUCAUCUAACACCCUAGAUGCCUUUGCAACAUUUCCAUUUUAUUAGACAAUCAUUUUUUACUUUUAUAUUGGAAUCACAGGUUUAUAUCUCACAAUUGUCUAUUGGGGAAUAAAAGUAGAUAAUUAAAUUUUUUCCUAAAUACAUAUUCAAUAAGAAUAAGUUAUAAAUUAACUUGAAGGCAAAAAUACAGUCCAAAAUAAAUUAAUCAAAAGAGCAGAUUCAAAAUAUACUAAGACUGGGUAGUUGAGAGACUCAUCGAUUGAAUAUUAACAUAACAUACCUUUAUUUAAAAGAAACAUGUUUGGAACAGGACUCUCUUAUGGGGCAAUUAUUUUCAAUAAAUUAAAACCAAUAACCUCCUCACAAAACUAAUAGAAUAUUAAAUAAGCUACUUUAGAAACUAAACCUGAAGAAAAGUUAAACAACAAUCUUAAUAAAAUUGAUUCGCUAUUCAGUCAAUCUUAAGUAUUGCAAUCUACAAGAAUUAUUAAACAAGGAUUAUUCAAUAAAUAAGAGGAGCUUGUUAAAUAAGAGGAACCUCUUAAACAGGAGGAGGAACAAUCUAAGGGUUAGAAAUUGUAAAGGUAACUAACAAUUUAAGAUAUUGGACUUAAAAGUAUGUUAUACAGAAAGCUAAUCUCAAAUUUUAAAGCAUUCAUUGAGUUUCUCAAAUAUUUCCAUCAAAUUCUACAAAUAAUUUAUAAAGAUGAUCCUAUCAAACCAAGAAGUUUGAGAGCAUCAAUCGUUUAUGUAAGUUUUCUAGGUGGAAUUGCUUUGAUAUUUUUAUUUUAGCAACCCAAUAACUUAAGUUUUACAAUUGCUAUAUCCGCUUUAACAGCACCUGCAAAUAAGGUUUAUUAGAUUGUGUUAGAAAAAACAUUAUCUAAUAAAUCUAAGAUGGUAAGAAUGAUUGGAGUUAUGAUAAUGAUUGGUGGAGCUGCUUUUAUUUCCUACAUUAUGUUAUCCGGUUUAGUGUUGAUGAAUUAAAUAGAGUAGUCAAAUUAAAUGAGUCUAAUCUUCAUAGGGGCAUUUGUUGCAGAUAAUUUAAUUUAUAGUCCAUUAUCCUUAUUAGUUACUUAUUUCAUACACAUGGACAUAAUAAGAAUUCCAAUCCUUUAAACGAUUUUAAAGAAGAUAUUGGAUGAAAAAACAAAGGAGUUUUUAUUUGGAUUAGCAGAUAAUAUAAGAUAAAAUUGA